AUGAACUUUUUGCAUGAUGUUAUUUUUAUUGUAAAUGGUGAAGAAAUACGAGCAAGUCGAUAUGUACUUGCUGCAAGCUCUAAGAUUUUCCGUCAGAGAUUCAAUUCGGAAGAGCAUGCAAACUCAAGCGCAGCUAAUCCGUCUAGGAUCACUAUUGGAAAUGUUAGCUCCAACUCGAUGAAGAUUUUGUUGCGUUACUUAUACGGUCAGAAUAUCAAUGACGCAAUUUGGGGUAAUCAAAGUUCAAAUCAAUAUCAAAUAUCAAAUUUGGAAAAUUUGGAAUUAUAUAGGGACCUACUUGAAUUAGCAAAUAAUUAUGAACUAGAUCAUUUAAAAGAUUUUAUGGAAUUAAAGCUCUCUCAAUUGGUUAACAGAACAAACAUGGAAGAGAUAGAAAGUUUAGCAACAGAUUUAAAUGCAAAACAACUCGAACAGUAUUGUCGUUGUUUUAUUCGUGAUAAUGAAAAUUUAUAA